AUGGCUCCAGUGUCUCCCUCGCGCGAACCCAUCCUCGUCCAGAUUCCCCCGACGACUUCACCGCUCCUCCUCCCUGCCCGCGACCCCAUCAACGGAGGCUCCUCCCGUCAGCGCCGCUCGUCGACAGACUCGUUCUCGCUUGAGCACAACAGGCACAACCCGGACAUCCCAGACGACCUCGAGUUCGUCGCGCCCGGCCAGUGGGACGAGGCGACAGGCCAGUUCACCGAGGAGGACGAGGACGAGAGCGAGGACGAUGGCGCGUUCGACGAGGACGACGACAUCGAGGACUGGACGCUCGAGGAUGGGCAUGUCGAGGGCGUGCCGUGCUCCAAUAUCCGCCUCGGCGCCAAGUGCUACCAGUCGACAGAGUUCCUCGACCAGCUGCUCACGCUCCUGCGCGACGAGCUGGGCGUACCCGGCUGGGCAGACCUUCCCAACGGCACCCCUUCCUCGCUCGUCCAGAUCCACAAGAUCUCGGGCGCGCUCACCAACGCAGUCUUCUUCGUCUCGAUUCCGGAAACCGAGGCAGAGAUCGAGGUGACCGUGCCGGUCCAGUCGCCCGAGCCGUACGAAUCGCACGAGAACGGGUUCGGCACGCCUGUCCAGCGAGAUGCGCCGCGCCUCUUCCCUGCGACGGUCUUCUCCGAGCUCGAGCGCGGUCGAAAUGCUGCCUCGACGCCGCGGCCCGGCCAGGACACGUCCUCCACGCCUCCUCAAGCUUCUGCACCCGAGACGCCCGUGACCACCCACACCGCCCUUCCCGGCUCGUUGCCCGACAUGCCCUUCUCCGACUCGCCCACCGACUCUCCCUCAGACUCGGCACCGCAGUCUCCCUUCUCCCGCCCUGCAACACGCAUCGAACAAACCGUCUUGUCCGCCCCAACCGUCCUUCUGCGCAUCUACGGCCCCUCGUCCGGCUCGCUCAUCUCGCGCAAGAACGAGCUCUACAUCCUCCACACCCUCUCGUCGCAGUAUGGCAUCGGCGCACACGUCCUCGGCACGUUCGGAAACGGCCGCGUCGAAGAGUACUUCCACUCUCGCGCGCUCGUCAAGGAGGAGAUGCGGGAUCCCCGUGUAAGCCGGUGGAUUGGCAGGCGGAUGAGGGAGCUACACUCGGUCGACCUGGAGCACAUGAUUUUGCCGCUGACUGAGGCGGAGGAGGAGAAGGAGCGGGAGAGGCGGCACCGCAGGAAGAUGAAGUCGCGAAGCGCGAGCGCCGAACCGCAACGGCCUGGUCCGGACCCGCUUGUGCACAGCAGCAACUCUUCAACCAAGAGUCCUGUGAGCGGCGCCAGCAUCUACUCGACCUCAUCCGCCUCGUCUGUCUUCUCCUUCGGCACCUGCUCAUCCUCGUCCUCCAACUACUCCUCCUACUCGACUUCGUCACUUGCAUCCAACUCGACGAUUCACUCGGGAUCGGGCAGGUCGCGGUACAGCAGCACGGCCUCGUCCCUCGUCUCGUCACCUCUCCUCUUGCCUCACCGGACACCGUCCGAGUCGGCCGCGAGCGAGAAGAAGCGCUCGAGGCGGUACGGUACCGGUUCGCGGGGCCGCAGGUCUCGCGCACACGACAAGCUGUGCAUCUGGGAGAACAUCACGCGGUGGACGAGGGAGGCCAAGCUCGUCAUGAAGGAGCUCGACGAGCUGGCGCAAAUUCCCGGCUUCGACAAGCUCCUCACAACUCCUUCCGCCGCAUCGACACCUGCCGGCCCUUCGUCCGACGAGCACGUCCCGCCCCUCUCUUGCCCCUCUCGCACCUUCGCCAUCCGAUCAACCCUCAACCUCCCACUCUUCGAGCAGCAAAUCCGCCUGUACCGCCAAUUCGUGCACAAGAUCGAGCGUGCGGGGGGCAGGUCGAAGCGCGUCUUCUCGCACAAUGACACGCAGUACGGAAACUUGUUGCUCAUGACGCCGACGAGCGGGAAGAAGGAGGACGAGGAGGAGCUGGAGCGGGCGGCGAUCAGGGAGGGUGGAGCGCACAGGAGGCUGAUUGUCGUCGACUUUGAGUAUGCGGGAGCGAACCCGAGGGGCUUUGAUAUCGCCAACCACUUCUGCGAAUGGCGCGCGGACUACCACCACCCGUCCCUCUCGCACUCUCUCUCCGCCCACCAGCCGUACCCGACUCGCGCCGAGCGAACUCGCUUCCUCCGCGCAUACGUCGGUGCGGACCAAGGCUAUGACGGCCCGGACGACCCUCAGCAGCCGCCGAACGGGUCGGAGGACCCACGUGUCGAGCGCCUGCUUGAGGAAGUGCGCAUUUGGGAGCCCAGCAGUCAUGCGAUGUGGGCGGUUUGGGGAGUCGUGCAGGCGAAGGAGGACCUGCUUGCGCGGAUCCAGGCCUGGAAGGACAAGGCGCAGCGGGGUGCGACGAGUUCUUCGCCUUCGCCUGUCUCGCCCGGCACCGAAGCCGAGUUGGUCGCAAGCGUCAAGGCGAUGGGACUCGAGGGACAGGAUGUCGCGGAGCUGGUCGACAUGGACGACUUGGCGGACGUCGGCGAGGUUUUUGACUACCUCUCGUAUGCGGCGGAGCGGAUGGAGAUGUUCAGGCAGGAGUUGCGGCAGCUGGGCGUCGUAGAAUAG